UCGGGUCGGGUCAGCGCGCGCUCCUCCUCCGGGCCUGAGUCACGGCGCGCCGGAGUCCCCACGCCGAGACGCCGGGGGCCCCGGGGGUGCAGCGUCGGGGGCGCACCGGGAAGCCGCAGCGGGCCCGGGGAGGGCGGCCAAGGACUCGGCCCUGGCCCUGCCCGCCCUCCAUGGCGUUUAUCCGCAAGCAGCAGCAGGAGCAGCAGCUGCAGCUCUACUCCAAGGAGAGGUUUUCCUUGCUGCUGCUUAACUUGGAAGAAUACUACUUUGAGCAGCAUAGGGCUAAUCAUAUUCAACAUUGGGGCAGUCAGGAUGAAAGGAAAAUCAGAGGCUCCUUUAAAAUAUGCUCAAAAUCAGUCAUUUUUGAACCAGAUGCAAUAUCUGAACCUAUCAUUAAGAUUCCUCUGAGAGAUUGUAUAAAAAUAGGAAAACAUGAAGAAAAUGAAGCCAAUCGACACUGUACUAAGGGAAAAUCUGGGGCGAUUUCACUCAUUUUCAGUCAGGUAUACUUCAUUAAAGAACACAAUAUUGUUGCACCAUAUAAAAUAGAAAGGGGCAAAAUGGAAUAUAUCUUUGAAUUGGAUGUUUCAGGGAAAGUGGAAGAUGUUGUGGAGACUUUGCUUCAGCUUCACAGAGCAUCCUGCUUGGACAAAUUAGGGGACCAAACUGCUAUGAUUACAGCUAUUUUGCAGUCCCGCUUGGCUAGAACAUCAUUUGAUAAAAACAGAUUCCAAAGUGUUUCUGAAAAGCUACACAUGGAAUGCAAAGCCGAGAUGGUGACUCCUUUGGUGACCAACCCCGGCCACGUAUGCAUCACCGACACAAAUCUAUAUUUUCAGCCUCUGAAUGGCUAUCCAAAACCUGUGGUCCAGAUAACACUCCAGGAUGUCCGCCGUAUUUACAAAAGGAGACACGGUCUCAUGCCUCUGGGUCUCGAAGUAUUUUGUACAGAAGAUGAUCUGUGUUCUGACAUCUACCUAAAGUUCUAUGAACCUCAAGACAGAGAUAACGUCUAUUUUUAUAUUGCCACGUAUUUAGAGCACCAUGUCGCUGAGCGCACUGCUGAGAGCUACAUGCUGCAAUGGCAGCGCGGUCACCUCUCCAACCGCCAGUAUCUCCUGCACCUCAACAAUCUGGCUGACCGAAGUUGCAGUGACCUCUCCCAGUACCCCGUGUUCCCUUGGAUCAUUAGUGAUUAUUGCAGUUUGGAAUUGGAUUUGUCUAAUCCAGAAACUUUCCGGGACCUUAGUAAGCCAGUUGGAGCCCUUAAUAAGGAGCGGCUGGAGAGACUCCUGACUCGCUACCAGGAAAUGCCACAGCCAAAGUUCAUGUAUGGCAGUCACUACUCUUCCCCUGGUUAUGUGCUGUUUUAUCUUGUUAGAAUUGCACCAGAAUAUAUGCUAUGCCUACAAAAUGGAAGAUUUGAUAAUGCAGAUCGAAUGUUCAACAGUAUUGCAGAAACUUGGAAAAACUGCUUGGAUGGUGCAACAGAUUUUAAGGAGUUGAUUCCAGAAUUCUAUGGGGAUGACAUCAGCUUUUUAGUCAAUAGUCUGAAGUUGGACCUGGGAAAGAGACAGGGAGGACAGAUGGUUGAUGAUGUGGUACUUCCGCCUUGGGCAAAGAGUCCCCAGGACUUUCUCCAGAAGAGCAAAGAUGCUUUGGAAAGUGCCUAUGUGUCAGAACACCUUCAUGAGUGGAUCGAUCUAAUAUUUGGCUACAAGCAAAAGGGGAGUGAUGCUGUUGGCGCCCGCAACGUAUUUCAUCCACUGACCUAUGAAGGAGGUGUAGACUUGAACAGCAUCGAGGACCCGGAUGAGAAAGUGGCCAUGCUUACCCAAAUCUUAGAAUUUGGGCAGACACCAAAACAAUUGUUUGCUACCCCACAUCCUCGGAGGAUCACGCCAAAGUUUAAAAGUGUAUGCCAGACUUCCAGUUACAAUUCUUCCAUACCCGAUUCUCCAGUCUCUCCAGGUGAAGAGUCUUUUGAAGACCUGACUGAGGAGAGCAAGACCCUGGCCUGGAAUAACAUGACCAAACUGCAGUUACAUGAGCACUACAAAAUCCACAAAGACGCAGUCACUGGAAUAGCUGUCUCUUGCAAUGGAUCUUCAGUCUUCACGACUUCACAAGAUUCCACCUUGAAGAUGUUUUCUAAGGAAUCCAAAACGCUACAGAGAAGUAUAUCAUUUUCAAAUAUGGCUUUAUCAUCUUGUUUACUUUUACCAGGCGAUGCCAUUGUUGUAACUUCUUCGUGGGAUAAUAAUGUCUAUUUUUAUUCCAUAGCCUUUGGAAGACGACAAGACACAUUAAUGGGACAUGAUGAUGCUGUUAGUAAGAUAUGUUGGCAUGAUAACAGGCUGUAUUCUGCAUCUUGGGACUCUACUGUGAAGGUGUGGUCUGGUGUUCCUGCAGAAAUGCCAGGUACUAAAAAACACCAAUUUGACUUGGUGGCCGAGCUGGAACAUGAUGUCAGUGUAGAUACAAUCAACUUAAAUGCUGCAAGCACAUUGUUAGUUUCAGGCACCAAAGAAGGCACAGUGAAUAUUUGGGAUCUCACGACAGCUACUAUAUUGCAUCAGAUCCCAUGCCAUUCAGGGACUAUAUAUGAUGCUGCAUUCAGCCCAGACAGUCGCCACGUCCUCAGCAUCGGAGAAGACAGCUCUCUAAACGUCAUAGAUGUGCAAACAGGAAUGCUUAUCUCCUCUAUGACCUCAGAUGAGCCCCAGAGGUGUUUUGUCUGGGAUGGGAAUUCAGUUUUGUCUGGAAGUCAGUCGGGACAACUGCUUGUUUGGGAUCUCCUCGGAGGGAAAAUCAGUGAGAAAAUACAGGGCCACACAGGGCCGGUGACUUGCAUCUGGAUGAAUGAACAGUGUAGCAGUAUCAUCACAGGAGGGGAAGACAGACAAAUCAUGUUCUGGAAACUGCAGUAUUAAGUGCCUUUUCCUCUCUUGAAUAUUAAAUGGAAUUGCGUUGUAAUGUAUUUCUAAGCCAAACUUUUAAAUGAACUUGUGAAUGUGCAAUGAUAAUUAGUUUACCACUUGAGAAAUGUGUGGUUUUAAACUGCUUAAAUCAUGACUUCAUUGAGAGCCAUUAGUUGCCAUCCUCUCAGGCAGGUAAAGAUAUGGCAGCUUUAAGGAUAAAAUGUUACAUUUGUAGAACAAGUGAUCACCCCAGUGAUGGUCAGAAGACAGGCUAGAGUGACAGAUUAGAUAAAUGAUAAACUGGUUGGGGAAAGCUCCAGAAAGCACUUCACAGCUCAGUUUUCAUCAAAAAUGGGCAGUAUUCUCUACUAAGUUGCUCUAUUUUAUCUUCUGAAGUUACAAUGGCUCCUUGCUGGUUUGGGGGAUAAGUGUGUUUUCAUGGAGUGGUGACUUUCUAAAACCUUACUGUCCCUGGAUUCUAAGAACCCAGGGAGGAAUUAGCAGUUCUUAUAUCAGUAAGUUUACUGUGUAUGGGAACGGUUUAUUUCAUUAUAGCUAUUAAAUUGCUCAUCUUUUCUACAACAUUAAAAAUAUUUUUCUGUAA